AUGUUGGAAAUCUCCAGCGUCGCUCUCUCGCCGCCUCGGCGGGAGGCGUGGAUAUAUUUAGAAGCGCUCGCGCCCCGACGCGUGCGCCAAGGCGGCGCAUGCGUGCAGUUCCACCUUAAGAAAAAGUAUAAAAGUCCACAUCACAAUAGCACGCGCGCCGUAACAGAUACAAUUGCUUGCAUAAAUCACACGCACACACGCAUCGCCGGCGGCCAUCUUGGGUGCGCUUGGGCAGCCGCCGCGGCGAGCGGCACGUGCGAGCUAUUUUGGGCGGCGCCCGCCCUGCUCCCCUCCACCCCUCCCCACACGGCCACCGCGUCCCUCAGCGCGGUGUACGUAGACGCGCUCUUUCGUUUGUUUUAUAACGGGCACAGCGAUAUUUACUAUUCGGACACGUUUUCUUUAGUUUCGUUCGCAACUAAAUCACGCAACGCUGAGCGCUUUCGCUCCAUCGGCGGCGGGAUCUAUUUCAACGCGACUGGCGAAAGUCUAGGCGAAGAUGGCGUAGGAAAACUCCUCAAGGGAUCCCUACGGUCUGUUGUUGGAAAAUCGCAGAAUGAU